CUCUGCGUGCCGUUGUCCUCCUGGGUUUUCGCCGGAGCCCCACGCCCACCCGCCUCUGAGUCCUGGAAAAAAAGGGUGGCUACCUCCGCCCCCCAGCACCCCGGAAAAUGGGGAGCAAGGCCCUGCCAGCGCCCAUCCCGCUCCACCCAUCGCUGCAGCUCACCAAUUACUCCUUCCUGCAGGCCGUGAACACCUUCCCCGCCGCGGUGGACCACCUGCAGGGCCUGUACGGUCUCAGCGCCGUGCAGACCAUGCACAUGAACCACUGGACACUGGGGUACCCCAACGUGCACGAGAUCACCCGCUCCACCAUCACCGAGAUGGCGGCGGCGCAGGGCCUCGUGGACGCGCGCUUCCCCUUCCCGGCUCUGCCCUUUACCACCCACCUCUUCCACCCCAAGCAGGGAGCCAUUGCCCACGUCCUCCCAGCCCUGCACAAGGACCGGCCCCGUUUUGACUUUGCCAACUUGGCCGUGGCCGCUACGCAAGAGGAUCCCCCUAAGAUAGGAGACCUGACCAAGCUGAGCCCGGGGCUGGGUAGCCCCAUCUCGGGCCUCAGUAAAUUGACUCCGGACAGAAAGCCCUCCCGAGGGAGGUUGCCCUCCAAAACGAAAAAAGAGUUUAUCUGCAAGUUUUGCGGCAGACACUUUACCAAAUCCUACAACUUGCUCAUCCACGAGAGGACCCACACAGAUGAGAGGCCGUACACGUGUGACAUCUGCCACAAGGCUUUCCGGAGGCAAGAUCAUUUGCGGGAUCACAGGUAUAUCCAUUCCAAAGAAAAACCCUUCAAAUGUCAGGAGUGUGGGAAAGGAUUUUGUCAGUCUAGAACUCUGGCUGUUCACAAAACUUUACAUAUGCAGGAAUCUCCACACAAAUGCCCCACAUGUGGAAGAACCUUUAAUCAGAGAAGUAAUCUGAAAACUCACCUUCUCACCCAUACAGACAUCAAGCCCUACAGCUGCGAGCAGUGCGGCAAAGUGUUCAGGCGAAACUGUGAUCUGCGGCGGCACAGCCUGACUCACACCCCGCGGCAGGACUUCUAG